ACGGCUUACGACACUUAAAAUUUCAAAUCAAAAAUAAAACGGAUGAAGCCAAAUUCAUAUCAAAGUGGCGUUUGUUAGCUGUUUAUGUUAUGAAGUUUUAUUUUUAUAUCGAAAAAGUGAAUAAUUCGAUAAUUAAAAAUGUCUACACGUUCUGGAAAACGUAUUCAUAGCUCGUUUAUUGAGGAAGAGAUUAAAAUUAGUGAAGUUCUAAAGCCUAAACGAAAGACUCGUAAUAAUAAACUCAAAGAAAAUUGUGACAUCGUGGAAACUGUGGUAAAGAAGAAGCAUUUUGUGCGAUAUCCUUCUGAAGAUGAUGUUGAUAGCAUCGCCGAUUGGCCACCGGAGGCCACUAAAUCAGUGCAUAAACCGCAACGAAAAACUUUACAAGAAAUCAAUGGCUUCGGUUCGGAAGAUUCUGAUAUUGAAAAGAAACCAAUAAGACCAACUCGACGCACUAAGAAAAUCGAAGAGGAAAUUAUUUCAAAUGAGAUUCCUUUACAGGAAGUAACCAAGAAGUCUAAAAAGAAGAAUAAAGUUUCAUUAACGGAUGGAGGAAGUAAGAAUGAAAAUGGUAAAAUUAAAAAAGUAUCUAAAAAGAAGAAAAAGAAAAGGUCUUCUAUAAUUGAAGAAGAGAAUGAUAGCAUUGAGCCAUUAAAUAAAAGCAAUAUGUCAGUGGAUUCAUUUCAUAGUGCUGCUGGCAGUACUCUGGAAAAUCUAAAUAAUUUAAUGAAUCAGAAAGGAGAAUCUUCACCCAAACUGUUGGAACCAUUUAAUGAAUGUCAUGUGAAUAAAAGUGUUUCACCUUUGAAACAGUUAGAAGACCACAAAGUAGUUAAUUUAAUAACUAUCAAUGAAACUGAACAGAAAUGCAUCAAUCAUGUGGAGAAAAAAAUUAAGAAGAAGAAAUCUAAGAAAACGUCAUUUAAUACUGAAAACAAAGAUGCUGUUGAAAUCACAUUGAGCGAAGCACCAAUCCAUACAGAAAUUACAGAAAUCAUUCAUGAUAAAAAAGCAAAAAAGAAAUCAAAAAUAAGCAAAAACAUUGUUGCUACUGAAAAUAUUGAAACAAUUCUAAACAGUACAUUCGAGAAAGAAAAACCAAUUGGUAAGGCAAGCGUACAGAAUUCUACAUUUGAGAAAAUUAUUGAAAUACCAAUUGCAAAAAUAUCAACUGAAGAAAAAGUAAACAACCAAAUAAAAAGGAAGUCUUCACUUGUUUUAAUUAACAAUUCUAAUGAAAUGAAUAGCUCUAAGGAACAAAAACCAAAUGGUUCUCUUAAAAGCUUAAACAGCACAUACGAUAAAACGCCCGAUUCUCAAAAGAAAAUAAGUAAUCAACAAGAAACUGCACUUAAUACAACAUUCGAAAAGGAGUGUACUAAAUUGGAUGUAACAUUCGAAAAAGAUAAACAAAACCCAUUGAAUUCAACAUUUGAGAAAUCGAACGAGAAAGUGAACUUAGACACUACAUUUGAUAAAGAAAGUGCGAGCUCAAAGAAAUCAUCCUUAUUAAGUUCUGACAGAUCAAUUAUGACUGAUGAUAAGUCAAACAACUCCCGCAUAAGUAUAAGUGACGAUUCAAGAGACAACAUUGUUAACACAACUCCAAUGCUCAUUGAGAGCAGUCUGGAAAGGUCAUUUGUAAAACAAACAUCACCGGAACAAGAUAAAACUGAGAGCCAGUCGAAAGUAUCUCCACAUACACCUUUAAAACGAGAAGGGACAUUUACAAAGGAAUCUAAUUCUCCGCUUGCAAAGAGCGCAGAGAAGACUCCUUCUAAGCGAGCCUCAGUUGCCUCUCCAGGCCGUACUCCAUUUCCAUUUUCGAAAAGUUCAUCCAAAGAUAAGAGUAUGCUUAAUGUUACAAGAUCCAUAGAAAAGUCUAGAAGAUCGUCCCUCAUUGAUCUGCCGAGAGCCACAAAGGUGAUGUUUUGUAGCCCGGUGAAUAAUCCGGUGAUCAUCAACCAGAUGAAGGGGAAGGUUAUUAAGUCCAAUUUGAAAGGGUCUAAUAAGAGCUUUGUCUUCAAUGAAAGUGUGUCGGAUGCGGUACCAUCAGCUCGCAAGCGCUCGUACACGCAGAGCGACGCCGAUGACGUGAGCGUGAAGCGCAAGAGGCUCGCCGACGAGCUGCAGCAGUCGGUGGACCGCCUGUCCAGACCUAGGACUGCUAGUGCUUCUGCGAAACUGCAAGACACCACACCGUCCAAGAACACACCGCAGAAGUCAAAAGAAAAGGUGUCGCGCACCAAGCUACCCAACUUCGCGGCGUUGCAUCAGAAGCAGUUCAGCAAGAUGGAGUCGCUGGACGAGUGCCAGGAGCGGAAGGCCAAGCGGGCGCGCAGGAUGCUGGCGCGCGCCGACAGCGGGGGGAGACUGCCUAGUCCGAUACGUAAAGAUUCGAAAGCAAAGAAAACGGAGACGCCGGUGAAAACGCGGCUGCCGACUCUGGAGUCUCUCAACCCGGGGUACACGCGGUUCGGAUUCAAAAUGAACUCCGACGUUAACCCGUUCGCCAAUUCGACAAUGAAUGGCGUCAAAACUGACAUCUCCACGAAAACUAACCUCAACUCAACGAAAAUCGACCUGAACUCAACUAAAUCCGACAUAUUCAAGAUUUCGACAGCUGACGCCAAUCCGUUCAUGAAUAUGACAAACACACACACACUAAAACCGAAGCGAAACGAAAUGAAGAGACAAACAGCAUUGCCGUCCCUUGCUGGUUCUACGGUGAGGAAAGAGAUGGCGAAACAGACGAUCAUGCGAGAGAAGUCUUUCACGGAGAGGGCAAACGUCAAUAGAAAAGAGAAUAGGACUAUAAUUAAAGGUGUCAGAACGAAUCGACGGUUCGAAUUGCAGAUGAAAUUAAGGAAUAUUAAUUGACGUGGAGUUGUUAGGUUAAUGUUAUGUAAAACCUACGUUUAAUAUAUGACCAAACUAACCCCACCUGAUACUUUGUAAUAUCGUGUAUUUAAAUAUAUCUGAUUUAAAUGAAAUGUGUUUAUAAUUGCGUAUCACUGUAUGCUAUAUUGAUACAGUUUAUUUAAUGACUUCCGUCGAUUUUGACAUUUUAUUUACAUUAAACUGAAAUGAAACCAUAGUGACUUAUGAUACGAGUGGUUUGUUCACAAAUAUAAAAAAUAUAUGUAUAUAUAUUUAGUUCUCUGUAGAUUCCAUAUAAAUCCAACUAAUCAAGAACCUAUGUAUUUCAUGUAAAAUAAAUGUUUAUAAUGACGCAAUUUGAUAGGUCUAUCUAUACUAAUAACUAGCCCGCGGCUUCGCAAGCGUUAAAUUCGAAGUAAUACCACUUCGACGAAAAGCGAGUUUGUUUUAUACUAUGUAGUGAUGUAAAGAGUGUGUUUGCCUAAACCCGCUAACCUCGGGAACUACUGGACCAAUCUCAUCAUUUCACCGUUGUAUGCGUGAUUCCUGAGUAAAUAUACCGCCUGGAAAAUCGGGGCGGACUGCACGGUCCGUCAUCUCUUAGAAAUAAGUUAUUUGUAUAUUAUAGUAUUUUAAAAAGCCUUAAUAGAUUUAAUUUUUUAGUUUUAUAGCAUUGAAAUGCUUUAUAAAUGAGAAAUUUUGAAAGAAUAAAAAAAAAAUUGAUCACGAGGCAGGAUCCUGCCUAGAUUCUUACUUUUCGUUCUACGACACAUAAGGUAGAUUUUUAAUUAUGUUACUUUAUAAGACUAUAUGAAUAAUAUAAUAUAAUCAAAAUAAUGGUUAAAUAUAUAAAUUGUAUUAGUUUUUUGAAAGUUCAAAAAGUUACUACGUGGAUGAUAUAUUUAUAAAAAUUAAUACAAUUAUAAUAUUUUGUCACAUUUUCUAUUCUAUCGUAUAUUUUUGUACAAACUCGGUAUUUUAAUGUAACACUUAUAUAACAGUAUUAGAUAUAACGGCGUUCAUUUUCAGUCGUGCCAUUUUGAAUUUUAUUG